AAAACAUGUUUUCAUCUAACUUUUUUUACAGAUCAAUUUUUAUGCUAGCUAUUCUUCAGUUCUCUAUGUAAAUUCCCAAACCAUGGAAAAGACAGCUACCUCUACUGCUUCUGUUCAGGAGGGUCACACUGUUAAGAUGCUGAGGCGACAGCUGGAGAGCUGGAGGGAGGUGCUGGUGGUGCUGCAUUCCCUGCUUGUCUGGGAUAAGCCCUUCUACCCUGCCAUCACUGCAUCAUCUGUGUCCAUCGCCUUCUUGCUUGUAUGGUACCUGGACCCAUCAGUGUUGACUCUCGUCUCCCUUGCUGGACUCACCAUCACUCUUGCAGACUUCCUGGUGCCACAGGUGGUACCGCUUGUGGUGGGUGGGCAUUCCUGGACUGGGGAGCAGGAGCGUCGCUAUGAGGUCAUCGUGAACAGCAUCGCCAGCGCCAUGGACUGCUUUGCCUCCUCCAUGGCCUCCCUCACGUCGCUCAAAGCUAGCCGACCUAAGAUAUAUUUCUUCACUGUGACGAUAACUCUACUGACAACGGCAUGGCUUGGCUCCUCCUUCAACAACCUCUUCCUCACCUACUUCAUCAUGAUGGUGGUGCUGAUGCUGCCUGGUCUGCACAAGCGAGGUCUGCUGCACAAGUCCACAGCCGGUCUGCUCUCCCGCGUCUCUGGUCUGAUGAACUCGAAAGCUGCCCCUGCAGACCCUCACGCAAAGCUGCAGUAGAAUGUCGAUGGGAUGUUAAAACCAGCAUUGAUAUGUCCUAUUAAAUGUUUCCGUUACAAGUGUAGCUGAUAUGGCAGCUUUGUUCAUAAUUUAUAUUUUGUCAGUCAAAUCAGGCGGAAUACCUUACAUGUACCUUUUUAUCAUCUUGAGAAUUGGCCGUGGUUCAGCCUAGCAGAAGUACAUAAUUUUAAUUUAUUGUUCUUAAUUUGGGCACCUCAAAUGCUGGUCAGGUUGACAAGUGAACCCAAGCGACAUGAAACGAUUGUGUGUUUAUCGCAGCUUGUGUGAAAACUAUAAUAUUGUGUAGUGAACAUGAAAUUUGCGCCGCUUGCAUGAUAGCUGUUGUCAUAAGAAAAUAUUUAGAUGCAGUUUAAUCUGCUGAAUGGGACCCAGAUAUUGCGUUUAUUAUUGUUGUAGCUUAUACUGUAGUACGUGCGGUCCAUCAAUGCCAAGUAUUAGACACCUCAAGUUCAUUACAUUUUUUGCAAAAAUAAGGAAGUAUAUUGACGUGAUUUUAGUAGAUGUGUUGAUGUGUAUGUUUAGAAAUAUAUAUGGUUUAAACAAGCUUAGAUAUUGUUGUUUAUAUCUAGUCAUUCAUCGGUCAGAAUUGUGUUCUUUUUAAAGACCACAUUGAAGACUUCAUUCUCUAUGGCAUUACGUGCUAAGACUAGAACAUAAAACAUUACUUAACUAUAAGUUGAAGUGCUGUCCCGAUUUACAAUCUCUUGUGCCAGCAUUUUACAGCAACAUGACUGAUUUAUUUUGAGUUUAUCCGAUUUCUUGAUAAAAUUACAUGAAAAAUUUCACUGAUAGUUUUUAACUGCAGAAAAAUUUAAUGGAUUUCUCAAUUUAGAGCUCGUAGCUUGCAUUUUCUUGUAUUUCAAAUAUAUGUAUAGCGCUCUUGGGUGUAAUAUGUAGAAAUUUGAUGUCCACGCGGGCAUGUGUUCCAGCUAAACCUUGCUACUAUUAUCCGCUUCCGUCUGAGCUUUCCUGGCUGUCUACUUGAGUGUAUUUUUUGUACUGAUUUGUGUAAUGAGUAAUUCUCAUCCUGCGUUUGCAUUGAACGUUCUUUCUUGAUCGUUCAAAAACGUUUUCCUGUUUUCUUGAAUAUUCAAGCGUUCUUUCAUGACAGUUUGUUGUUGAGUGCUGCGCUGCAUUGGUUGCCAAUAAUUCUCAUGCUGCAGAUGCAAAUGCAGCUUUGAAGUAACAUGUACAUGUUUUUUUUAGUUUAGUUGCUUAAUUAAGUCAUGUCUCUUGAAUUAAUGUUUGUAGCGUAGUAGAGGAUAGAUACUUGCUUCGAAUGUGAUCAACUUGUCCUGGAGAACAACACUUAAGUUUAGCCUCCAAAGUUCCCUUUAAUAUAAUUGAUACAAAAUGCUAUUCGGAAGCCUAGGCAAAUGUUUAUACCUUGCUAUUUUAUGUCCAACUUGAUUGUGUAUCAAUAUUUUAGCUCGAUGAAUAUGUUGUUUGUCCAGAUCUUGAUAAAAAUCCAUUGCCGCUGUGUUCAGCCUUGCUAAGUAUUCAUCUCUUCCACAAUAUACCUUGUGGCAGAAAGCAGUUACGUGGGAUUUACUGAUUUAGAUUGCCAAGUGUUUUCUGAAUCUCGACGCUUCAGCUUGUCUUUUGAUACGUUAGCAUUAUUGAGAUCCAAUUGAUGUUGAAUGUUGUCAACGUACUCUGUUGUUACAAUAAAAAUUGAGAGAAAACUCUGAGACCAUU